UACACACCCCCCCCCCCCUCUCCCACUCUCUUAAAGUCUCUCAACACUCUCACUCCUCCACUCUCCCCCCUCCCCCACUCCAUUUGGCCAUUUCUCAAAAAACCCACCAUUUUUUCAUCGCCUUUUUCUUCUUGUGUUUCUCCAUCUUUCUCAGCUAACCAUGAAAAUUACUCAUCAUGCCCACUUCUCUUUCAUGCUUCUGCUUCUACUCACCGUCGCAACCACAACGCUUUCUUCGCCGCUGCCGAAGCCCAAAGUGAUCUCCAAGGAGCAGAUCGAAUGCGAAAUGUGCUCCGUCUGCGAUAACCCAUGUGGCCAAGUGCCAUCCCCUCCUCCGCCAUCUCCUCCCCCUCCUUCUCCGCCUUCAUCUCCGCCGCCUUCUCCGCCAUCCUCAUCCUCAUCCUCAUCCUCAAACUGUCCGCCGCCUCCGGCACAACCGAGCUCCGGAACCACGUACUACUCCCCUCCGCCACCCUCCCAGCCCACUUACUACUACUAUCCACCCCCGCAAGGUGGCAACGGGGGUGGCGGGGGUGCGUUUUAUCCGCCGCCGAAGGGCCAGAACUACCCAGUGCCGCCGCCGCCGAAUCCAAUUGUGCCGUACUUUCCGUUUUACUACUAUAACCCUCCUCCGCAUACGUCAUCCGGCUCAGUUCAGCUGGUGGCUAGCCACCCACUAGUUUACAGUGCUGCUCUGUUUUCUGUUGUUCUCUGUUUGCUUUGACGGACAAGUAAACGGAAAAGGAAGGUGGAAUUAAUAACGUGGUGGCAGAUUCACAGAUCUACGACUGAGCAAACAACCGAAGAGGAAGAAAUCGAAGACAGAGAGAGAUGGGAGUUGCCUACUGCUGGUUUCACAUUACCGAAAAUGCCCUUGAGGAACAGGUGUUUCUGUGCCCUGACACUUGAAAUUAAAGCUGAAAGAAUACGGAUGGGAAGUAAAUUCACUUUCUCUUCAUCUCUCUUUGAUUUUUCUUUUCUGCCUUUAUUUAUCUGUCCGAAUUAUAACGAUGAUCUGUUGUAAUUUGAUGGCCAAUUUGUACCUAUUGUUAUUUGGUUAAUAUGAUUAUGAAAAUAAAGUAAAAUGUUAAUCAUUUUUUGCUAA